AUGACCACCGUAGGAGGCGAAGGCACAGACGAUGAGUUCACAGGCGACGAGUUUCCGAUUGUAGCGAUGGACAUGAACGAUCCCGUUGAUGAUUUGGGCGAUGAGAUUAAUGCCCCACAGAACUACCACACCAACCCUGCAGCCAUGCGCACUGAUUGGAUUAUGUCUGCACCGCUGGUGCCCAUUGCGAAAGGUGUUGGGGCGCGGCCAAUCAAAUUCAGCCUGUUCCCGCCUCGGAAACCCCACACAAACCGAUGUCUGGAGGGUCUGUGGCUCACUGCGCUCCUGUGCGGUAGUACUUCCCCUACUACAUACCUGUAUGAGCUACCCACAAAUACGACUUUUGUCCUAUAUUCAUACUACAUACUCGUAUGA